UAUAUCCUUUUGACCUGGGGAACAACUCGUGAGCCAGACCUUAGCUUUAUUCUGACUAUUCUGCAGGAUAGGACAGACACGUCUCCAAGCAGCUGUCCACAGGUUGUGUAUGCUGACAUGAUGGUGGGUCCGUGUACGUUAGAGUUCUGGAGGUUAAUGACCCUGGUGAUCAUGACAACGAGUGCAAAAGUGACUGCUCAAGUUUGUCCAGUGGCAGGUUACGUUAUCUUUAACGGAGUUUGCUACAAGCACUUUGCCGAGCAGAAGACGUACGAUGACGCCAGACAGACGUGUGCGGCAGACGGAGGACUGGUGGCCAUGCCGAAGGACAACGCGACCAACACUUUCAUCCACAAUCUAGGGCCACUUUCACACUACUGGAUCGGGUUGACUGACGUCGACAACGAGGGGCAGUGGGUAUUUGAAGACGGCCAAACCCUGGAGUCAUCCGGCUUUAGCAACUGGUACCCCGGUGAGCCGAACGACGAACACGGCCGCGAAGACUGUACCGAAGUUGGAACCUCCGAACACUUCUGGAAUGAUAUUCCAUGCACCGAAACCAAGGAAUUCGUCUGUCAGCGAGUUUGUCCAGUAGCAGGCUACGUUAUUUUUAACGGAGUUUGCUACAAGCACUUUGCCGAGCGGAAGACGUACGAUGACGCCAGACAGACGUGUGCGGCAGACGGAGGACUGGUGGCCAUGCCGAAGGACAACGCGAUCAACACUUUCAUCCACAAUCUAGGGCCACUUUCACACUACUGGAUCGGGUUAACCGACGUCGACAACGAGGGGCAGUGGGUAUUUGAAGACGGCCAAACCCUGGAGUCAUCCGGCUUUAGCAACUGGCAGCCCGGUGAGCCAAACGACGCUCUCGGCCGCGAAGACUGCGCCGAAGUUCUUCCCUCCGAACACGUCUGGAAUGAUAUUCCAUGCACCGGAACCAAGAGAUUCGUCUGCCAGCAAAUUUCAGGUCUCUCAGGGCUGACUCUUGAUGAUGCCGGGAUGGGUCAUCUUUCUGUUUCAUGGACUGUUGUGGAGGGUCUGCCGAUCUCGCGCUACAGGCUACGCUACCAGCCGGCAGACGGGUCGGGCUCGUACCGGGACCUCUCCCCUGCACCGGCAGUGGGAGCCACCUCGGCUACCGUAAGAGGUCUGCAGGCCGACACGGACUACAACAUCACGCUCACCUCUUUUGGUGAGGACGAUCAGCCAAACGGAGUUAUCAGCGGCACAUACACCACAGGUCCAACUACCACCCAUACGUAUACCACGCCGAGGGCACAAACUGAAGGUCCAACUACCUCACCUCACCUCACCGGUCCCAUAGCCUCACCGGCUGUAGGGGCAGCAAUGCCAUCAACAUAUCCAACUACCACCCAUACGUAUACCACACCGAGGGCACAAACUGAAGUCGCAGCUACAGGAACCAUUGUUGGUAUCGUGAUCGGAGUGAUUGCAGCUAUCGCUUUGACGGUUGCUCUCGUCUACAUUUUCACGCGGAAGAUGAUAUGCGGCAAGGGUGACGAGGAACACGCAGACGUAGCGCCUCCUGUAAGAUCGUCAUCAAGACGCAGAACUGAUAAUAUCUACGCAGUUCCCAUGGACACCUAUCACCUACCAUCGUAACAACCUGGCCCUAAUGGAGGGAAUACUCCGGCUGAUGGGUUGUAUCUAAACUCGGUACCUCCUGGAGGCGUCUCAAUGCCAACCGGAAGCGGAAAUGACGACUGCGAAGUUCCCACGGAGACCUUUGACACACAGGGACCACAACCGCCAAAGCCGGGUCAUCACUACCAAAACAGGAUCAUGAUGCCAGAACCAGAGGUGACAACUCUAGAUGACGGGCUGUAUUUGGACUUUCGUCCUCCAGAGGCCACCUCGAUGCGACCCGGAAGCAGAAAUGAUCAGUAAAUAACUUCAUCAGGUCGGCAAUUAUUCAUAUAGUAAGGCUCUUUAGGCACAACCAG